AUGAACAGCGACAAAACAAAAUAUUCCGGAAAGGGGAAUCACGACGACAAACAGGGAGAGACAGCGGAAAGGGGAAUCACGACGACAAACAGGGAGAGACAGCGGAAAGGAGAAUCACAACGACAAACAGGGAGAGACAGCGGAAAGGAGAAUCACAACGACAAACAGGGAGAGACAGCGGAAAGGAGAAUCACAACGACAAACAGGGAGAGACAGCGGAAAGGAGAAUCACAACGACAAACAGGGAGAGACAGCGGAAAGGAGAAUCACAACGACAAACAGGGAGAGACAGCGGAAAGGAGAAUCACAACGACAAACAGGGAGAGACAGCGGAAAGGGGAAUCACGACGACAAACAGGGAGAGACAGCGGAAAGGAGAAUCACAACGACAAACAGGGAGAGACAGCGGAAAGGGGAAUCACAACGACAAACAGGGAGAGACAGUGGAAAGGGGAAUCACAACGACAAACAGGGAGAGAUAGAAACAGUAUCAGAAAUACCAGUGUUGAACCGUUCUGGUGUGUUAGACGACAGCUCAUCUAA